AUGCGCUUGCGCGCCGCGCGACGAGAAAUAGAGAAGAAUGACGAAAGAAUUCGCAGUUUGGAGGCUCGCGCGGAGAAGGCCGAGCGUGAGCUUAAGGAGCUCAGGAAAGCUCAAACCUUAGAGCCGCGUGCGGUGGGUCAAUCUAACCCGAUCGUGGAGGAGAUGGUGACUCAACGGCUGUUGAGUCACGCCAUCGCCAACGGAGAUACGGCAAGCAUGUUCACCGUAGUGAAUGCGAGGACCAUGGGUUAUGAACAAGGCUUCCAUGCGGGCUGGAAGGUUAGGAUCGACAAAACCAAAGAGAAACUUAUGGAGGAGCUUUACUUCAGUGGAGUCCUUCUGUUCUAUUGGAUCACAACUGAUACUUCUAUUUUGGACAAAUCAUUACAGUUGGGUAAAGGGGGUUCAAUUGCAGUUACAGCAAUCUUAAUUGAUUGUCAGAAGCUGGUGAUAGCUAAUGUUGGAGAUUCAAGGGCUGUCACCUGCAAGAAUGGUGUGGCCAAACAAUUGUCAGUUGAUCAUGAGCCUAGCAAGGAAAGGACAUAUAUCAAGGACAGAGGUGGUUUUGUAUCAAAUUUUCCAGGUGAUGUUCCACGAGUUGGACAGUUGGUCGUAGCAAGAGCAUUUGGUGACAAAAGCUUGAAGAAACACCUCAGUUCAGAACCAGAUGUGUCUUUGGAGAUUGUAGAUGAAGAUACAGAGUUUGUCAUCUUAGCAAGUGAUGGCAAGUGAUGUCAUAUUUGAUCAUUGGCUAAAUUUAGCUAUUUUUGCUGAUUUAGUUGUCAUACAUCACAAACCUAUAUAGUUCUGGUGUUGCAUUAACUAGGACCAUAGGGCAGAGGCACUUGGCUUAUUCUUUGAUUUCCCUCUCCCAAACAAACUUAUUCUACGAAACACCUUCAGAUUGCACUAUGGGUGAAGUGGUCCUUCAAGGUUGAUUAUUCAGUCCAUGAUCUUGUCUCAAACCUAUACCAGAUUAGGCUGCUCGCUUGAAGUCUCCUCAGCAACCGGCUCAGGCAGUACAGAGGUCUGCCUUAGUGCAGUUGUGCAGGCUGUUUCGUUUUGUGCUGGGCUCAGGCAGUUUAGAGGAGUCCCACGUGUGUGUGUGUGUGUGUGUACAUAUAUCAUCUGGAAUUCGUAUACUUAUUAUUAUUAUUAUUAUUGUGUGUGUGUGUGUGUGUACAUAUAUAAUGCUGAUAUUGUUUAAAUUUUAUGUUAAAUCAAAUUCUUUUUGUGCCUCAAUGAUGGGACUCCAGAA